AUGAUAGAUUACCAGCAUAGAGUUGGACAUAAAACAGGAAGUGGCGCUCCGGCAAGCGCCCAUGACGUCGCAGCUCACCAGAGGGAGAGGCUGCGCAAAUUGGCCCUUGAAACUUUUGAUUUAAACAAGGAUCCUUAUUUUUCCAAGAACCACAUGGGUCAUGUGGAGUGUAGAUUAUGUCUUACAGUUCAUACGACUGAAAGUUCUUAUUUAAGUCACACCCAGGGCCGAAAACACCAAAUGAACUUGGCCAGAAGGGCCGCUAAGGAACAAAAAGACGCUUUUAUGACCAUCGCACCAAUUUCAAAGACUAGAGCUUUUAAAGCUCCUACACUAAAGAUUGGGAGACCAGGUUAUAGGAUAACUAAAAUGAGAGAUCCAGAAACAAAGCAACCUGCACUACUAUUUGAAAUUGAGUUCCCUGAGAUUCAAGGAACACCAAAGUAUCGUUUUAUGUCGGCCUUUGAACAGAAAAUUGAAAUUCCACCUGACCCAAACUACCAGUUCUUAUUAUUUGCAGCAGAUCCAUACGAAACAAUAGCAUUUAAGGUACCAAAUCUAGAAAUUGACAACGGCCCGAACAAGUUAUUUAGUUACUUUGACGACAAAAGAAAGCUUUUCAUCUUCCAAGUACAUUUUAAGCUUAAAAAAACAUUUAAAGUAUUGCCUGGAUUGCCACAAAGACCAACUAAGUUUGACCAUGUCGGACCAGGUCCUCAAUUUUAA